UCACGUGGGUGCGCGGCCGGCGGCAGCUGCGGUGCUGGUGACGGGGGCGGUGGCCGCGCGGGUCUGGCGGGACUGGCUUUGAAGAGUCCGCUGCCCUGCAGGUUGCCAUGGCUGCUGUCGACAGCUUCUACCUCUUGUAUCGGGAAAUCGCCAGGUCUUGCAAUUGCUAUAUGGAAGCUCUAGCUUUGGUUGGAGCCUGGUACACGGCUAGAAAAAGCAUCACUGUCGUCUGUGACUUUUACAGCCUGAUUAGGCUGCAUUUUAUCCCUCGCCUGGGGAGCCGAGCAGACCUGAUCAAGCAGUAUGGACAGUGGGCCGUCGUCAGUGGUGCCACAGACGGGAUUGGAAAGGCCUACGCUGAGGAGCUGGCCAGCCGCGGUCUCAGUAUUAUCCUGAUUAGCCGGAACAAAGAGAAGUUGCAGACUGUUGCUAAAGGUAUAGCUGACACCUACAAAGUGGAAACCGAUAUUAUUGUUGCGGACUUCAGCAGUGGCAGGGAGAUCUAUGCUCCGAUUCGAGAAGCCCUGAAAGACAGAGACGUUGGCAUCUUGGUGAAUAAUGUGGGCGUGUUUUACCCCUACCCCCAAAAUUUUACUCAGAUCUCGGAGGACAAACUCUGGGACAUCAUAAAUGUGAACAUUGCCGCCGCUAGUUUGAUGGUCCAUAUCGUGUUACCUGGCAUGGUGGAGAGAAAGAAAGGUGCCAUUGUCACGAUCUCUUCUGGCUCCUGCUGCAAGCCCACUCCCCAGCUGGCUGCAUUUUCUGCUUCCAAGGCUUAUUUAGACCACUUUAGCAGAGCGUUACAGUAUGAAUACGCUUCCAAAGGAAUCUUUGUGCAGAGUUUAAUCCCGUUCUAUGUAGCCACCAACAUGACCACACCUAGCAGCUUCCUGCACAAAUGCCCAUGGUUGGUGCCUUCACCAAAAGUGUAUGCACAUCAUGCUGUUUCUACCCUUGGAAUUUCAAAAAGGACCACAGGAUACUGGUCCCAUUCUAUUCAGUUUCUUUUUGCACAGUAUAUGCCUGAAUGGCUGUGGGUGUGGGGAGCAAAUAUUCUCAACCGUUCCUUACGUGAGGAGGCCUUAUCCUGCAGAGCAUGAAUUUGGGUGAUCGUUGGAGAAGUUUCACCAACUCGUGGGAAUCUACCGUAUUCCGACAUUUGGAAAAACAUUUAUCUUACAUAUUUUCUUUUAUUACUGAUUAUUUAGCUUACUGUUGAGUCAUCAUGUGUAAAGUAAGCAUAACACUUUCAGAGAGUGCUGAGAAAAAGCCUCAAGGGCCAUGUGGGUGGCAAGGAGGCAGUGACAAGGUAGAGGAGCUGAUGGAAGAUUAAUUUUGAUGCUUUUUUCCUAAGUUAUUCAAACAUUGUAUAAUUUAUGGUCUAGGAGCCACAAUGAUCUAAAUAUUGAAGUAUAAUGUAACUUGUCAGCUCUUAAAAUGUCAGAUUUUUUUUUUAAGGGAAAUGGCCUGUUUCACUAGAUGAGUUAUGGUUUAAAAGAAAAAGAUUACUGAAGUGUUAUUUUAUAACUAAGAUUGCUGUUUAGCUGUAAAAAUCUGUGUAUGUUACAUUACAUAGCUCUAGUUAUAAAAAUGCUGCACUUCAAUUAAUACUUCACUGGAGAACUGUAUGUGUGUGUUUUGUGUGUGUGUCUGCCUUGUGUCUGAGCAACUUUAUUUAUGGUUAUAUUACUUUAAAAAGAUUUUCUGUCAAGAUGACUUGAUGUGGGAACUUAUGGGAUAUUAAAAAUCUAAAUUAUUUCUUUUCAUAGUAAACACGCCUACCAAGUUUUAUGCUAUAGGUUUGCCAUGUGUGAUACUACUUCCUAUGUUAUGUUUUGGUUUUAUUUUGCUGUGUUUUCAUAUCUACUAUGGAAUGAAUUCAUUCCUUGAUUUGGAUGUGUCAUGGGUAAGCUGCAGUCGUCUUUCCAUUUAUAAAAUAAUUAUUGUGGAUACAUAGUGAUUCCUUAGACUACGACCCAUUUUAUAACUGAAAUUUAGCCCAUUAGAGCUUGUUAUAUCUGGUUUUCAUAUAUUUUUGUAUGUAAUAUUAUUCCAUUCCAGUAGCAUUAUUAAUUAUAAAUAUCAAGUAUGGAACAGUAGUUAAAAUAUUGGACCAAUUGUGUGUGUGGUGUGUGAUGUAUGUGUGUUGAAAUAAUAAGUUAGAAGUUCAUUUUUGGUUCACGUAAUGGAUUUAUGCAUUAUAGUGACUGCUUCUGUCGGUGUGAAGAUGAUUAGGCACAGACCCCCCACAAUAUGGGUCCUCGGCGAAAUGUCUUAGUUCAGGUCCUAUGAAGCCAACUAUUUUAGAGGCCCACACACCCAGUGCUUUGAAAACUGUAAGUCACUAUCUGACUAUGACAGUAUGUGCACAUUUACAGUUCAGAGCUUAGCACUGUGGUGCUGCUGCAAAAGCUUGGAAGUUGGUUUAAAGUCCGGGCUUCAGAGGCACUGUUUUCUUGUGAGGUGAUAUUCUAUUACAAGCAGGCCUUAGCGCGCUUUUAUGCAAUGCACACAGUUUUGCCCCUAACAUUGCCUACAGUAUUUCCAGAUGUGACUUGGGCUUAGAAGAUUUUAAUGGUCAACCUCAGAAGCUCUUCCACAAUCAUGUCUUCAAAACAUAAGGUGUAAAAAAACUACACACUUGGAGAUACUGUGUAACAGUUUUGAUGGUGUUGUCUUGGAAUCCUCUUGACUUCAUGCCACUUUGUCAUGAACUUUAAUU